GUGACUUAACCGUUGCGCGAGAUCAUUUCAUACAUCUUGAUAGCGAGAGUUUUUAUUUGAAAUACUAGUGCAAUUUGUGGUGACUUUCCUGGCAAAGAGAAGAUGAUCAGAAUGGCGGAUGCCGAGUGAGGAAAGGAUGCUGUUGAUGCUGUUUUGAGCAGUGUUGAUAGAUUGUGCGCGGAUUAUGUGCAAGAAAAUGAGUGAAGGUGGAAGAAAUUGAUCCUCGAGAAUAGUUAUAUUUGCAAACAGAGAGAGAGAGAGAGAGAAAGAGAGAAGGAUUUUUAGAACGUGGGAAAGUGUAUAAGAAACUCAAUAGAUCACGAUGAUUCUCAGAAUCUGCCUGUCCACAAUUCUGUGGUUCACUGUGAUAGUCAAUGCGGAGGUCACCGAUGACAAUGCCAAUCUCAACACACAGCAGCUGGAGAUAAACGCCACGGAUUACGUCCCGCAGCAGCGACUGCGCGAUCUCCUGGACCUCUUCAAUAUCGCCUCCGUGGCCGCGUCGUGGCCACGGAUCGCUCAUGACGUGCGGACGCCCAAUUGCUCGCUCCACAUGGUGGAUUACUUCCGAGGCUUGGCGACUGGGAAGCUGUGGGCCAUGAAGAUGGAUGACGCAAGUGGCCACUACAGUCCGGGCUUCUUCUUCGGCAACAACUACUGGAUGGGCUCGAUAAAUCUCUGUUCGGCCAUAGCGAGUGAUGAGGCAGAAAAAGUAAUCAAGUUUGGCGAGGCGAAGGCUGGUCUGUCCUCAGCUGUGAGCUACAGACACGAUGGCAGGAAGAUGAGGAACGAUAGGAGUCCAUUUGUGCCUGGAUUCUUCGUUCUCAAGCUCAAUUUUCACGCUAGCAAUUUAACACACGCGCCACGCACUCUCUACAUCGGACUGUGUUUGCCUUCCUCGUGCACAGAGGCAGACGUCCUGGCCAUGGCCAAGAACCUGCACGAGGACAAAAAUGAAGGCCAAAGUCAUACCACAAUCCUGGACGUGCGAUCGCCGACGAAGAAGCGCUACGAAUUCACCUCAGAUCCGACCUUUUACAUUCUACUCGUGACCGUGAUCUGCGUUUCCUGCCUCCUGAUCGCCGGCACCAUUUACGAUCUCAUCCUGAUCAGGCGGAGCCAAAAGUGCGCCGAGUUGAAGGCCAAAUCGAAGGAAUUAGCUACUGAUCUGUCUUCUGGAGGACUGGGAUGCAUCACAUACGACCUGACCAGCGCAAUGCCCAACAGGGAGAAGAUGGAAAAGGCUCGAGGACUGAACAAUAACAAUUCGGAUGAGAAUUUGGCCGUGGAAUCGCUGGAUCAUCAAGAAGAAACCCGAAGUGUCUUCGCUGAGAUGCUCCUAUCCUUCUCGGUUGUGACCAAUUUCAAGGCCAUCUGCGAUAGCAGCGUGGGAAGUGACACAAUAUCGUCAAUACACGGCUUGAGGGCAGUUUCCAUGGCCUGGGUGAUUUUGGGGCACACCUGCAUCAUUGUCUUCAAAUACUCAGACAACAUGGAUCUCAGGAAGACGGUGGAGAAGGAGUUCUGGUUCCAGACCAUCACCAAUGGCGCUUUCAGCGUGGACACAUUCUUCUUCAUCAGUGGCUUCCUCGUGGCCUACAUUUACUUCCGCACCAAUGCCAAAGGGAAGCUGGAGAAGUUGUCCAAGGGUGUCAAUGAAGUCACUGCCGGCGCUCUGCACUUUAUAGGUCUCGUUGGGUACAGAUUCAUGCGCCUCACGGCUCCCUAUCUCUUCGUCCUCGGCUGCGUUGAGCUGCUGAUGAAGUACUUCGAACAGUACUCAGUCUUCGAGCCGCCCACGAUGGAUCACGACAAUUGCCCCAAGUUCUGGUGGCGCAAUGUCCUGUACAUCAACACACUGUUCCCAGUUGAGGAGAUGUGCAUGCUGUGGAGCUGGUAUCUGGCCAACGACACGCAGUUCUACAUCAUCGGCGCCGUCAUCCUGAUCGUGGCCGUGCGGCAUCUGCGCGUGGCCGCAGCCGUGGUGUCGGUCAUCAUGGUGUGCUCAUGGGCGAUUACGGGCCUCAUCGCGUACAACAACAACCACAUCCCCAACACAGACGACCCGCUGGCGCUCUUCGACAUGAUCUACGACAAGCCGUGGACGCGCAUCGGGCCGUACAUGAUCGGCAUGAGCGUAGGCUGGAUUCUGUUCCGCAGCAACUGCCAGCUGCGCAUGAGCAGGCUCACCGUGGCGCUGGGCUGGAUGAUGUCCAGCGCCGUGGGGCUGUACCUCAUCUACGGCCUGUACGGGCAGGAGCUGAACCAGCUGGGCGGCGCGGCGUACAGCAGCCUGAGCCACUCGGCGUGGGCGCUGAGCCUCGCCUGGAUCAUCAUCGCCUGCUCCACGGGGCACGGAGGCUACGUGAACACCUUCCUGUCGGCGCCCUGCAUCUAUCCCUUCUCCAGAGCCACCUACUGCGCCUACCUCGUGCAUCCCAUCGUCAUCCGCAUCAUGGCGCUCAAUUCCACGGCGCCGCUGCACCUCGGCACGGACUCAAUGAUGGUGUACUUCUUCGGGCAGCUCGUCUGCUCCUACUUGCUGGCCUUCAUCGUGUCGCUGGCCUUCGAAGCGCCCGUUGUCACGAUGCUGAAGAUCCUGAAGCGGAUAUGAGCCUGUGUCGUCGUCGCAGUAAUGAUAUUGUAUCUCCCCUUGUCUUAAGCUUUAGCGAUAGUGUGAAUAAAGUCUCUCCGUC